AUGCGUUGUGAUUUAGGCAUGGGUGAAAGCUCAGAUAUUAAACUAAUUGAUAUCUUGUUAGACUAUGAGAGUUCAAUGUUUACGUGAGUCUAUAAGCUGACCCAAAUAUUGUUGAUUUACAAUCGAUGGGGCACAAUAUAUCGCAAAUUAAGACAAAGUUAAGACGUCCUGGAUAUUUUUCCCCCCCCCCCCUUCUUUCCCUUCUCAGUGGGCCUGGUUGCAUUUGCACCAACAGGGAUUCUGUAGUGUAGACAUCAAAGCAAGCACCUUUCACCUGUGAGAUUGUUGGGUUUGAUUCACACUACGGACUCAUGUGAUAAGAGUCGGUCAACCCUCCAGAUGCUGAAAGUUGUAGCUUUUCUCCAGACAGGGUGGGUUAGGAUAAACACAGUUAAGAAACUAAUAUCACAAUUGUUGUAAAGACAAAUAGUCUAGGCUAAGCAAGUAACAUAAGUAAGUGUAAUGAGUCGUUCCAGAAAAGAUCCACACUCCUCCCACAGAGGAAAUUUCUGCCGUCCAGAGGGGGAGGGAAGACAAAAUUGUUUCUGAUAAUAGUAAAUGUAUUAGGACAUCCAAAGGGGGUAGGGGGGUUAACUUCCUAUAUCCUCUGUGGGGGUGGUAUGGAUGUUUUCCGGAAUGACCCAUUACUUGAUGUAAUCGGUCACAGAAAAGCGCCAAUGGAGAGUGAGCUGAAUAACAAUGUAAUGUAAAAAUGCAAUGUAACAUAAAGCCUUCUUGUUCUAUUAUUUAGAAAGAGGGAUAUUCCUUUACCCGCAUAUGAUGCGAAAAAUCUUGAAGAUUAUGUCAGUUUGAAAGAACCCAAAUCAUUAACAGACUUUUUACACUGUUUCAGCCAUUUUUUGCCAGUUUUGCGGUAAGUCCUUAGUAUUUAGAUCACUUGAUGUUUUCAUAAAUGUUUUAGCAAAUUUGAACUGCUUGUGGUCUUUUUUCUUUCUACAGAUCUAGACUGCAUACCGGUAACUGUGCAUUACUUUUGGUCAUUGUUGGUCACUUUCACAGACAAUACAAUGUCAUGUAUUUCCUUUCAAAAAUAGUUGAAGGGUGUUCUAGCACCUGUAGAUGGAAAUUAUUGAGUGGAAAUUUAUAUACAUUUAUUAGACUUAACCAGGAACAGCUAUGAAAAAUGCAAUUUUAGGUUCCUGGUAGGAAUUGAACCAGCAUGCAGCCCUAAAUCUAAAUAAUUAUAUACAUAUAAAUUUCCACGCAAUAAUUUCCCUUUAAAAAUACACUGUUUAAUUAAUAACAAGACAAAAUUUUAAUGGUGCACAGGGACUAGCUCCAAAGAGUGUAUUUCAAACUUCUAUAAAUCAUUGUUGAAGAGUGUUCUAUUGACAAGUAAACCAGUAGUUGACUAGAGCAUUACACUGUAUACAUACAUAGUUAAACUCAUCUUAACAGAUUUUCUGCAAUUUUGCUCGACGUAUAAUUUUACAUGCGGUUAUUGCGCUUAUUUGUGUUUUUUCUACAUAUGUAAUCCUGUAACAUAUACUUGUUUGUAGUGGUGACCCAGAAGCAUUGGAAAGAAUAGCUUAUGAAUUUUGUGAAGACAUAGCGAACAAUGGCGUGCUGUAUUGUGAAACUCGAUACUGUCCGCAUCUUCUCGCCAAUUGCGGAGUGGAUGGAGUCCAGUGUAAUGGCAGCACAGAACAGAAUUGUUCGCCAAGGAAAGUGGUUGAAAGUGUGUGUAAGGGUAUAGAACGAGGGUGCAAAGAUUUUGGCGUUAAAGUGCGGACUAUUUUAUGCUGUAUGAGACACAGGCCAGGUAAACAUCAAUCAGUCAGUCAAUCAAAUGAAUGAAUAAAUCAAUUAAUCAAGCAAUUAAUCAAGCAAUUAGUUAAUCAGGCAUAUAUUGAAUCAGUAAAACAUCCAUUAACCAAUGGAGCAUCAGCAUUUCCCUCUUGAGUCAUCUGGCAUUGGAUAUUGUUGGUGCAUUAUUAUUAUUAGUGAGUUAAGUAGACACAUGCAUGGUAGUACGAUUAACCCAUUGAGCACCAGUGCUCUCCCCUUAACAAGUAAAACCGUCUGGUGUUAGAUUAAUAUUAGGUUAAGUGACUGUUUUUUUCUUUAUAUUUGUCAAAAGAUUGGUCCCUAGAGAUGGUAGAUCUUUGUGAAGAAUUUAGGAAUCACAAUGUUGUUGGCCUGGACAUCGCGGGUGACGAGAGUAUGGGUGAGAUCCCGGCAAUUAAAGAACAUAUUAUGGCUUUUCAGGUGAGCUGGCCCAAAAGUUAGAAAUUGAAUAAUGGCUUGGACACUCUUUAGGUUGCAUUCUAAAAUAAUGUAUACUGUAGUUAGGUAGUUGAAUUUGCUUUUCAAUCACAUUCUGCGUAUUCUGCGUUACAAAAGUGCAACAGUUCAGUAAGUUAACCUUGUUACAAUAAACAAAUAUUUUGCUACAGAGAGCACAAGAACUUGGCAUCCCAAGAACAGUUCAUGCUGGCGAGGCUGGUCCUGCCGCCAGUGUACAUGAAGUAAGCAAAAGACACUGUUCUACACUACCAAUUUAGUUGAUAUUAUGAGUGUGUUAAAUAAUAUAUACAGUACCAUAAUCCAAUUAUAUAAGCAUGCUCAUACACAUACCAAAAUUCAGUAUGCUCAUGACUCCAGUAUGCCCAUGACUCCAGUAUGCCCAUGAGCAUUCUCAUAUACUGUAAAACUCAUAUACCAAAAUCUAGUAUGGUCAUAAGCAUGCUCAUAUACAGUACGUACCAAAAUCCAGGAUACUCAUCAAGCUUAAAUUACAUUCAUUUAGACCAGACUUUUUCUCUUUUCUAGGCUAUCUUUCUUUUACACGCCAAUCGUAUUGGUCAUGGCUAUCACGUUCUACAGGAUCCCGAGUUGUAUAAACUAGUGAUUGAGAAGCAAAUUCAUUUAGAA